AUGGACAGCGGUCGACCCAUAGGGUAUGUGACCGAUGUGGAAGGCAACGCCGAGUACUUUUGCCGAUAUGUGGAAGAGUCGACGGUGGUCUGCUUCGCCACCGCUGCGCCCGACCACCCGGCCCGGCUCGGCUCUGCUGCGGGCCCGCUCCCUAACCUGGUCUUUACGCCAGAGGCUGAGGCAGACGGCGCAGUGUUUGUAUACGGUGGCGAUGUGUGCGACAAGGGCAACGGCGAUCUGAGGGUCAUUGCUUGCCUGCUGGCCUUCAAGGAGGCCUUUCCGGAGCGGGUCUUUCUCCUCGUCGGCAACCGCGACGUUAACAAGCUGCGAUUCUCGGCCGAGCUUGCCCACCCCACGCCGGCUGACGACAUGUUCACUCUCUACUGGGUGGAGGAGGCCAAGCGCAAACUGUAUCCGGACUAUCUGGUCGAGAAGGGCUUCCAGGACACACCGUCGGCCCGGCUCCGCUGGAUGCUCGACUGCACCAUGGGCUCCGAGGGUGCCUUUGAUCGCCGCCGCGAGGAGCUUGCUAUCCUGGCCGGCGCCGCAUCGACCGAGUCUAUCACCGACGCGCAAGUUUACGCCUCGUAUGUGGGCGCGGCGGCCAAGGGCGGUGUGUUGCACAAGUACCUGCUUCAAGGCCAAAUUGCCGCCCUGGUGGAUGGCACGCUCUUUGUCCACGGUGCGGUCAACGACGCCAACAUCGGGUACGUGCCGCCGCUUGACGGCGCGCAAGUCCUUCCGUCGCCUGCGCCUGGCAUCGACACGCUUGCCACUGCGCCGCCACCCGAGCUGGGCGUUGCCGAGUGGGUGGCUGCCCUCAACGCGUGGUACAACGAGCAAAUGGCGCAGUGGGAUGCAUCGCCGCAGUGGGAGGAUCCGCCGGCGUGCACUCGGCGCGGCGGCAACUCGCUGAUGGACUAUGGCGUUCCCGGUGGGUGGGCGGGCGCGCCGCCAUCGGCGCGCGUUCUGGCGUAUUUGGCGGCGUCGGGCGUGACGAGGGUCAUCACCGGGCACACCCCGCACGGCCAGUCGCCGACAGUCAUGGUUGUGCCUGCUGGCGGCGAUGCACGCAUCACCUUUGUCAUUGCCGACACUUCGUACUCGGACAUGUCUGCGCCUGACAACCGCGGCUCGGCCAUCACCGCGAUUGCUGUCAGCUCGGGCGGCUCGAUCCGGUUCCACGGCCAGGACCGCGAUGGGCUGCGGCACGACUUUGUCGUUCCGACCGAGACGCACAUCGGCGCGCUUACCCCCGACGGCUUCCGUGUCAAGACCCGCGAGGCUUCUUCGGGCACGUACGUGCUAACCCGGACUCGCGGCUUUGCGGUCGAGCUUGUCAAGCUUGACGAAGAGCGGCUUUGCGCCGCACUCGAGAGCGGCGUCGAGCCAAGUUCGGCGUCCAAGCUGUGA